UGUUGUUUCACGUACUUCAUUUCCCAUGAGCAGUAGCGCCGCCUGUCUGUCACAUGACUGUCACAUGACUGUCACCUGACGUCACACGCCAACAUGGCCGCCACUGUCUCCAGCGAACACUUCAACAACUUACAGCUUCUUCUGAAGGCUCCGUCUAAAGACGCUGUGAGGGACGUUUGUGUUCAGAGUCACAGAGGUCCGAGUCGCCGGCUGGCAGAGACCACAGCAGCCACACUCAGCAUCCCUACAGCCCAGGCUGCACAGCUGGUUCAGUCUCUCCACCUUCUGUCUCAUCACGUCCUCUUCUACAACCUCAGCUCUCCGGAGCAGAUCCUCGCUCUCUUCCCCGAGUCUUUCCACUCCAGUCUGAAGAACCUGAUCACCAAGAUCCUGCUGGAGAACAGCCCAACGUGGAGGACAGAAGCUCUCAGCGAUCAGAUCUCUCUCCCCCAGCUGAAGGAGUUGGACUGGAGAGUCGACAUGGUGACCGGCUCAGACUCAGUCAGUCGUAUGUCCGUCCCGACCUGCCUGGUUCAGCUCAAGAUGGAGGAUCCGUGUCGGGCAGCGGGCGGUGAGGCGGUUUCCACGGUGACGGUGGAGCUGGGCAGGGAGUCUCUGGACACCAUACUGGACGGACUGGGACGCAUCAGAGACCAGCUGUCUGUGGUCGCUGGGAAAUGAGGGGGACUCAACCCCCGAGACAGCUGAUUGGCUUGUUGGUAUAAUGUGUUUGGACUGACGCUGCCUCCCGCUGAUAUUUUGUGCCAGCGGUAAACAUCUUCAUGUUUGAGCGAUUUGUUGUUUUCUCCUGAAAGUCACUGGUUUGAAUGAUUCGUUAACCCUGAACUAAAGAGUAAAUUAAUCAGUUAGAUUUACAGAAAUUUACACAUUUUGAUAACUGAUCGAUCAGUCUGUAAAAAUACGAACAGUUUUGUAGUUAAAACUGCAAAAAAAAACAAUUCCUUUGCAGUUCUUUGUGUCAUAUUAUUUACUUUCUUGGCUGCAGAACAUCAUCAGAAAGAAUUAAAAUCUGUCAACGAGCGAUGGACAUUUGUCAUUAUGCUGAGAUUUUGUACAUUAUAUACAUAUUAAUCAAAAGAAUAAUUAAGGGUCGAAGCAUGAAGCCAUAAAUAUAAAAAUAACUACGGUGUCAUAGAUAUUAGCCUCAAACUGCAGGUAUGUGUUUAUGUGUGGAUUAUUCCUUUUCCACGUCCACUAAUAUGAGAAUAAACUUCUCUUUGUAACUCAGUCUUUAAUUUUACUGCCUUCUUACAAAAGACUUUGAGCCUCUUUGAACAAAGUUAAUAUCUUCUCUGAGGUUUUCUCUCUGCAGGUUAAACAACACACCGACUGUGUUUUGUCGGAUAAAGGGGAUUCACGUGUUCAUUGUCCUGCAGCUGUAAUUCAAGUUAAAAGUAAAGCUAUCGUUAGAAUUAAGUCUAGGAAUUACCGUAAAGGCCUUUUUGUUCAGCGGUCCAGAAACGAGAGAUUUUCAUGCUUUUUGUCUUGUGAGCAACAAACUUGUAUUAAUAUGAAUGAAUAUUAUGAACAAUUAAAGAAGUUUCUGCCGCCAAAGCAGAGACGAGAAGUUGGGACAGAUCUGAUCAUCAUGGUAGACAAAGUGAUUCUACUGAUUCAUAAAAAUGUCUCCAUCUUUAUUACUUCAUUACUUGUCACUUUCCUGUGAACUCCAGCUGAAGCCACAUCAGGCGGAGAUCUCCCAGAUUUUUUAGUACAAAAUGUGUUUUCUGUGUCCUUGCUGAGCUUCAGUGGAGGGAUAGUAACAAAAAAAAAGAGAGGGAAUUUUGUAAAGACACUGUUAUUUUGGACGAUCUCCACUUGAUUUGUCUGACUGCGAAAAUACGAAAAUAAUAAAGCACAAACCAAACCUC